AUGGAAGAAUACCGUGACAGAACCGCUGACCUGAGUAUUAGAGUUGCCAAGCAGUUUCGCCAGCCCAUCUGCAGCUGCAAAACGAGUGGCAAGAGAGCCCCAAAGAAAAAGCCCGGCCGCAAAACAACUUCCAGCGGGGUCUCUAAGAAGAAGCCGGACCGUACAAGAGCUUCCAGGAAAGCUCAACAACCAAACAACCCCAACUCGGCUGAUAAUCACCCUCCCUUCAAUACCAAACUCAGGCCGCCUUGGCUCUGGCCGAUCCCUGAUACAAGGUCCCCAAGCGACCAGCUUUGCGAAGUCUGCGCUGCUUUGGAUCUGUUCGAGUAUCUCGCAGGCUACAGGACAAUAGAGGAGGACCCGCCAAAGCUUAAGCUAGGCAAUGUCUCCGACUUGGUGCAGAAGCCAUGGUGUCCCCUUUGCCGUCUGAUCCUCACAGGGUUGCGUCUACAUAGAGGGGAUGCCAUGUUAGAAGAUCCUAAUGCUUCAGUCGAAUACGUCCGCGAGCGUUCUCUCCUUGUCAGCGUAGAAGGCGAAGAAUAUCCACAUAAAGUAUACUUCGGCAUCAAACCUUUGGUUACUGAUAUAUUGGAUAAACCGCUGGCCAAAAUAACCCCUGAUUGUAUCCAGCCUCUACGACCUGAGGGUAUUGAUUUCGGCUUAGUGAGACUUUGGCUUGAGUACUGUGAGAAGCAUCAUGGACCCGAGUGUCAAACAAGUGAACUCCUGAAAGCUCUGAAGCUGUCACAUCCGACACAGGUUCUGGGAAACAACUUCCGCUGUAUCGAUGUCGAGAUCGGCUGUGUUGUCUCCCCUCCUCCUAACGCCCGCUACGUUGCUUUGAGCUAUGUCUGGGGGCCUUAUAAGGUGCUAAAAGCCGAGAAAAGCAAUAUUUAUGUGCUCAAAAUGCCAGGUGCAUUUUUCAACAAACCGGAAAUUCGCGACCACCUUCCUAAGACUAUUCGUGAUGCUAUGGUCGUGACAAAGGAGAUCGGAUUACGCUAUCUGUGGGUUGAUUCUUUUUGCAUUCUUCAAGGUGACGAGGAGGAAACGCCCAUGCAGUUGAGAUCCAUGAACCUAAUCUAUGCCGGGGCGUACCUGGUCAUCAUAGCAGCCGGGGGUGACAACGCAAAUGCGGGCAUUGCUGGAGUACAACCUGGCUCGCGCGGGAUUUCUUGCCAGCAGCUGAUCGAGCAGAUUAGGCCAGGCUUUAGAAUAGGAAUUGACUAUAACUGGGAAAUGGAACUCAAAGAGUCCAAGUACCGCACUCGUGGCUGGACCUUUCAAGAAGAACGUCUAGCCAACCGAAUGCUUGUUUUCAUUGGAGGAACGGUUGCGUUCCAGUGUCGAAUUGAGUCAGAGAGCAGAUCCGAAUACCUGGCUUGGAGUCCAACACGCGAGUUCGUUCGCAGAGAAGAAAGCAUUCCUCCAGACUGGCUGGAUAUUGCCCCGAGAGCUGACGAAGACAUUGAAUUAUAUAUGGAGCGAGAACUUAGUCUCGUUCAUGAUAUCUACAAUGCGUUUGCUGGCGUGGCACAGCUGAUGAAGCAUUACCUUUGUUCUGACUUUUGUCAUGGUCUCCCUACGAUAUUCUUCACCUAUUUUCUCUGCUGGACGGUCCUCGACGGGGAGCACUUCGGUCCUGGGCCGGCUGGAUCGGGGGCUGCGAGUUUGAUCCCAGCUGGGUCUGCUCGCACCCAAAUGAUCAUCUAG